AUGGCAAGAGAAGUAAUAGCGACAUCAACCCAAACAAAUAUUGUACUACCCUCAUCACCUGCAUCAUCAUCAAAUAUUACACCUUCUGUAUCGUCACCAACGUCAUCAGGCUCAUCAUCAAAACAUGCCCCACAUAAUCAUCUACCACAGCCUAUUAAUACCAUACCUACAAAAUCUAUUAAUUUCAAUUCAUUAGAUGAAACAAUGAUAUCGAAUAAUAAUAAUAGUGGUCAACAGAAUUGUGAUUUUUCAAGUUGUUCGAUUCCAUCAUUAGAUGAAUUAGUUAAUGAUUGUUUUCUCAAAGCUAUCAAUUUGUUAUCAGAUGAGUUCAAAUUGAGUCUAGUUGAUAAAUUUAUUGACUUUCUUACAAAAUCACAUUGUGAAGAAAAUUUAUACUUUCUUAUUGAUAUUAACAAAUAUGAGUAUAAUUAUAAUUUAAAAUUCAACGACACAAAUAAAGAAUCAGUCUUCAGAUUGAAUAAUACCCCAUCCCCAAGUUUACUCAAUUUAAAAUCUUCAUCAUCCACAUUAUCAUUUGAAUCAAGCACUAAAGUUAACAAAGUCAAUAGUGUACAAUCUGAAGACCACGAUCCACAAAAUGCAUUUAUUCAAACCAUAGAUGAUUUAGAUCAUAAUGAGGAUAUACAAAGUGCAUGGGAUGAUUUGAAAUCAAAACAAAUAGAGGAUUAUGAUGACGAUGAAGAUUAUUAUUCAGAUGAAGAGUUGAAUAAUUUGACUUCAAAUUGGAAUUUUAUAAUGAAUAACUAUAUUAAAUAUGAUUCACCAAACCAAAUCAAUAUUUCACAAAAAUUAUUUAAAGAAAUAGUAGAGGAAAGUUUUAUACUAAAGGUUCACAAUCCUAUUAUUUUAUUGAAGAUUAAAAAUGAAGUAAUGAGAAUGUUGAAAGAAAAUGGAUAUUUUGAAUUUAUCAGUCAAAUGAAGAAAGAAUCGAUUUUGAAAUCACCAAAACAAAUUGUAACUACUACUCGUCAGAAAAGUAAUUCAAUUUCAACUUCAAUGUCAACUCCAAUAUCUCCAAUAAUGUCACCACUGGAUAAUAAAGAUACAUUUAUUAAUAAAUUAUCAAGUUUGCCUAAAAGAUCUAAAAAUGGUAAUGGUAGUAAUACAGCUUUUUAUCAAUCUAGUACUGCUUUUUCACAUUUAAACUUAGGUACACCUAAUACUGUUGAUUCAUCAACAUCUUCUUCAGUAUCACUGAUUUCAAAUAUUUUGGGACAUUUGAAAAUUGGAAAUUCAAGUGCUAAUUCAAAUGCAAAUUCAAUACAUGGAAGUGGUGCCAAUACACCAGUAAAUAGUAAUAACAAUCAUGAUUUCCAUCCAAGAAAUAUAAGUCUGAUUUCGAUUAAUGACAAGGAAAAUAAAGAGAAGGAUAAAGAAAUUAGUAAAGAUAGUCUAAGUUCUUCAUUAAAAUUUUGGAGAAGGAAAUGA